AUGAAGUUCCUUACCACUAACUUUUUAAAGUGUUCCGUUCAAUCCUGUGACACCAGCAACGAUAACUUUCCAUUGGCAUACGAUGGUUCUAAAUGUCAGUUGGAACAAGAUGAAAGCAUUGAAUUUAAUCCGGAAUUUCUAGUAAAUGUUUUGGAUAGAGUAGAAUGGCCAGCUAUACUACAAGUCGCGUCAGAUCUAGGAAAUACAUCUUUACCACCAAAUAAACCUGUAUUUGAAGAUAGCAAUGCGCUAACAGAGGAUGAUAUGGCUAUUUUAAGAGAUCUGCACGUAUUGUUGAUUAAAACAUCGAUAGUAGAAGGUGAAAUGAAAUGUAAGAAUUGUGGGCAUACUUAUUAUAUCAAGAACGGUAUUCCAAACCUAUUGCUACCACCUCAUCUGGCCUAA